GUCGCGGGAUACGCCGUCGGCUGGUGGAGCAGCGGCGGGCAGCGCUGCAUCUGCUCGUGCGAGGUCUCGGGCAGCGUGGACCGCGACAUCAUCGGGGUCCUGCAGCGCCAGCUGGAUCGGUGCGGGCCCGACCAGCUGACCUCGCCGCCGCCGACCACCUGCCACUGCGACGCGGGCUCGGCCUGGGUCGGCGCGGCGGCGGGCUUCGCCGUGGGCGUUGUGAUGUCGGACCACCCGCCGGCGCCGAGCUGGUUGCGAUCGCUGAUUCCGGGGGCUCGCCUGUACGUGAGGUACCCGGACGAGGACCUCUGGCACGAGAGGCUUCUCUGCGGGCGCGUACGGGCGGACGGGUGGUCUUGGGUGGUCCUGACACCGACUGAAGACCAGCACGAGGAGGACUUCGUAGACGCCGCCGAGAUCUUGGCCUGUGGGCCCAAAGGCGGCACUCCAGUAAAGUUGUAUGGCAAGCACUUGUUCAGGAUGGAGCACCGCUCCAACACCCCCUACUCGGACUUCAUGGCGGCUGGGCUGAAGCUGGCUGAUGAGUUGGUCAGCGCAGGAGGCGGUGGUCCUGCACCUCCUCCCGAGGCGGGGCCCUUGGCCCCCUUGGCUGACGCCGACGUGGGGCGCGACCCCGCGACCAAGUGGAUCUCGCUCGAGUCGAGGUUCGGCUACGCCGCGGGCGACCCGAUCGACGUGGUGGGCCAGCCCUUUCUGCGCUCGGGCGAUCGUGGCGUGGUGGAGCUGGCGGAGGGGCCCAUUGCCGUGGGCAUCUCGGACACCGUGGUCACAGGGCUCACGCCACGUGCUGGGCCGCUGGACAGCCGCCUGCUGGGGACGAGCUCGGACGCGACCUUCAAGCGCCAGAGUUUUGCCCAGCGCUCCCAGCUCCUCGAGACGGGUGACAACCAGAAGUGGAUGGCGCAGGGGCCCCCGACCAUGCGCUGGGUCUGCCUCGCGCGCGUCGAGGGCAACACUACGCCCAAGCAGCGCCAUUUCUGGGACGGCAUCAACGCGGCGGCCCUGGAGUCGUUCGAGACGGUGUCGAGGCGCUUCCAGCUCUGGGAGGAGUUCUACGCGGAGGCGUUGCGGAUCGCGGAGGCCGGCGACCACGGGGACGACCUGGGCGAGAGGAGGCUCUCCCUGGGGAACCACCGGAGCAAGGGCCUCGCGAUUGUGUCGCCGGAGUUGGAGCAGCUCGUUGCCACGAAGCUGCAGGAGGAAAGUGCGGUGCUCAAGGAGCGCCGCAAGGGUCGCGAGGAGCGGAGGGGAGGCGCAUUUGCGGUGGUGGUGCGCUUGGCGAUUAUCGAGAUCAUGGAGGUGCAGCGUGACGUGCUGCCGCUGCCGAACUGCGCGGAGAGGUUGCUGGACCUGUUCAGCCUCGUUCGCGUCGGCCCCGACAGAUGCGCGCACGAGAUAGGCGGCUGCGUGAGGGCAUCGAGGCCCUGA